AACUGGGACAGCUGGACAAGGAAGCCCUGGAGCUGAGCAACAAAGUCCUCGGUGCCAAUCCGGAUUUUGCUACGCUCUGGAACUUCCGGCGAGAGACCUUCCUUCACCUGGAGAAGGAGGAGAGCCCAGAAGAGAUGCAAGCCUUGUGCAAGGCCGAGCUUGCCUUCCUGGAGGGCUGCUUGAGGGUGAACCCCAAAUCCUACGGCACUUGGCAUCAUCGUUGCUGGGUGAUGGAGCACAUGCCCGAACCGGACUGGGACAGGGAACUGGGGCUGUGCGGCAAAUUUUUGGAGAUUGACGAGCGAAAUUUUCAUUGCUGGGACUACCGGCGUUUCGUGGUGCAGAGAUCCAAGGUGCUACCCCAGGAUGAGCUGGCCUUCAGUGACAGGCUGAUCACCCGGAACUUCUCCAAUUAUUCUUCCUGGCAUUAUCGCAGCCUCCUUCUCCCGCAGCUGUACCCUGACCCCCAGCAUCAAGGCCGGAUCACGGAGGAAAUCCUUUUGAAAGAGCUGGACCUGGUGCAAAAUGCUUUCUUCACUGACCCCAACGAUCAGAGUGCUUGGUUUUAUCACCGAUGGCUUCUGGGCAGAGGGGAUCCCGAGCCAACCAUCCGCUGCGUCUACGUCAAUAGGGAAAACACCUCCCUGGCGGUAGCCUUCUCUCAUCCUGUGGCGGUGGCUCCGGCCUCACAUGACCUCAUUGUGUUCGGAGACGAGUCCCCGCUGGUAGUCCGUUGGCGCACUCCGGAUGGGAAAAAUAAACCCGGCUAUAUGUGGCUGUGUGACCUGCCAACCUCUGCUCUCAACGACCACUGGCCUCAACACACCUUUCGCGUCCUCUGGGCCGAAGGACACGUGCAGAAGGAAUGUGUCCUCUUCAAAGGCCACAAGGACUGCUGGAACCAGGAUUCGGUGACAGAGGAACAGGUGUUCAGGUGCGAACUCUCCUUCGAAAAGUCAACGGUGCUGCAGUCAGAGCUGGAAUCCUGCAAGGAGCUGCAGGCCUUGGAGCCGGAGAACAAGUGGUGUCUCCUAACGAUCAUCCUCCUCAUGAGGGCUUUGGACCCUUUGGUUUACGAGCAAGAGACGCUCCGCUACUUCGCUGCCUUGAAGGCCGCAGACCCCAUGCGCUCCUCAUACCUCAACGACCUCCGGAGCAAGUUUCUGAUUGAGAACAGCGUCCUCAAGAUGGAAUAUGCCGAUUCGCGGGUGGUGGACCUGUCCCAGAAGGGCCUGACCAGCCUGUGCCACUUGGAACACCUGUUGCUGGUCACACACCUGAACCUCUCCGAUAACCUUCUCUCAUCCUUCCCUCCAACACUGGCCAUGAUGCGUUGCCUCGAGGUGAUGGAGGCCGAUGACAACCGGAUUGAGAGCCUGGAAGGGCUGCCCCCUCUGCCUUCUCUGGAGGAACUGUCUCUCCGUAACAACCGCAUCCAGCGAGCCUCUGCCCUCCGGACUCUGGCUGUGUUCCCCGCCUUGGUUCAGCUCAACCUGCAAGGAAACCCCCUGUGCCAAACUCCAGGCAUUCAGUCGGAGCUGGUCACGCUACUCCCCAAUGUGACCACCAUCUUGACUUGAUUUCCUGGGGGGGGAGGGGGGGGGGGGGGGGAGCAGCGCUGGAGACCCUUAAUUUAUUUGCCAAUU